UACAACAAGUUCACUAGAGUCCAUUUUUUUUACUCCCAAAAAGCAAGAGCUUCAUUUGGUUUCUCAUCAGAUCUGCUCGCUUCUCUGUUCGAUUCUCAUAACCUUUGGAUCUUCUUCUCUUGAAAUUUGAUUUCAUCUCCAUCGGAUAUUGGUCACUGGGUUUGAAAAAUCCAUGAAGGAAUCGGAUCUGACCACCGAACCAAUCGCCCAGAACCUCAUCAAGCUAAUCAGCAAUGUCUGUUUCUCAGUCUUCGUCUUCUCCGUUCUCAUUUUCACAGUAAUCGCCGUCACUUACCAACCACCAGAUCCAUGGCUCGAAUCCGCUCCAGCGCUUACAAAACUCCUCACGGGAACCGAAAACGCAACUUUCAGAAUCGACGGCUCUAUCCUCAACACCGGUGAAGACAUCGCUUCUUCUCCGGUAUCAGCUCCGGCGAACUCCACCGGAACCGUUACCCAGGCGACGAUUGAGCUUUCCGAGGAGAAAAUCGGGAACAUGACGGUGAAUUCAUCUUCUGUUGAUUGUGACGAUCUGAAAGUCGUAAAUUGCUCGGAUCCGAGAGUGUUGGUCGCUGUUCAGAGGUUUAAUCUAAGAGUUUUCAAAUCAAUUGUGUUCUUAGAGUAUGAAACUCCGGUUAACGGUUCGAAUCCAGACGAAUGCGAUGUUUCUUGGAGGUUUAGGAACAAAAAGGAGAAAUCUUGGAGGAGAUAUAGAGAUUUCAGGAGGUUUAAGUUUGCAUUCGGUGAGAAUUGUACUUACAAAGUGUUUCACACUAGUGGUUGGCACUCUGGUGUCAAUGCUCGUAGGUUUAGGAUGAAGCCUAGAGGAGGAGGAGGAGGUCCAAAAGUUGCUCGUGGCGGCGAUCCCGAGAUCAACGAUACGAUCCCGACGCUUGGCUCGCAGACGAAUUUCAGGAGAGGGAAGUAUUUGUAUUACUCGAGAGGAGGUGAUUAUUGCAAGGGUAUGAAUCAGUAUAUGUGGAGUUUCUUGUGUGGAUUAGGUGAAGCAAUGUACUUGAACCGGACUUUCGUGAUGGAUUUGAGUUUGUGUUUGUCUUCAAGUUAUAGCUCCAAGGGGAAAGACGAGGAAGGUAAGGACUUUCGGUAUUAUUUCGAUUUCGAGCAUCUUAAAGAAACGGCUUCUAUUGUUGAAGAAGGAGAGUUUGUAAGAGAUUGGAAGAAAUGGAAUCGGUCUCAUAAACGUAAAGUUCCUGUUAGGAAGGUUAAGACGCAUAAAGUUUCUCCUUUGCAGCUUAGUAAAGAUAAGAGCACUAUUAUAUGGAGACAGUUUGAUGCUCCUGAGCCUGAAAACUAUUGGUAUAGAGUAUGCGAAGGGCAAGCCUCGAAGUACGUUGAGAGGCCAUGGCAUACACUGUGGAAAUCUAAGAGGCUGAUGAACAUUGUCUCGGAGAUUAGCGGUAAAAUGGACUGGGACUUUGAUGCGGUUCAUGUUGUUAGAGGCGAGAAAGCAAAGGACAAGAAGCUCUGGCCACAUUUGGAUGCAGAUACAUGGCCUGAUGCGAUUCUGAGUAAGCUUAAAGGAUUGGUUCAACAGUGGAGGAAUUUGUAUGUUGCUACUAAUGAACCGUUCUAUAAUUACUUCGACAAGUUGAGGUCUCAGUAUAAGGUUCAUUUACUUGAUGAUUAUAGCUACUUGUGGGGAAACAAGAGUGAGUGGUUCAAUGAGACAAGUCUGUUGAACAAUGGGAAACCGGUUGAGUUUGAUGGGUACAUGAGAGUAGCUGUUGAUACAGAGGUGUUUUAUAGAGGAAAGACUCGUGUUGAAACGUUCUAUAACCUUACAAUGGAUUGCAAAGAUGGGAUCAAUACAUGCUGAAAUUGAUCUGUUUCAGGUUAUGAUAAUGUUCUCUUUAUAGCUUUUUGUACCAACCAUUUUAUUUUGUAUUUGUUUGUUUUUGUAUUGAAAUCAAUUAUGCUUUUGUUGUUACCUUGUGUUCUAAUAGCAACUGAUGUUAUUGGUGGGGGGAGGAGUGUACGUAACGUUUACAUCUUUUAUACAGUUUA